CACGAAGCAUGAGUAACGAGCAUAGGUAACACAUGCUAGCCGCAAGUAUGUGGACCGAUCAGACACCCCACACACACUUUGACCCUUCGCGGGACUGCCACUUUGGGGCCUAUCGAGUGCUGCUCGUCGUGUUAUUGGGCGGUUGCUCUGGCACGAUAGAAACUCCCUGGAUAGGAUGCCCUGGCCUUCAUUCAAAGUACGAGUACGCAGGCGAAGAGGCCAGGCUGGCCAAGCCGCUUUUGGCCCUUGCUGCCUGUAGCACACGGGAGCUUGGAUGCACCUGGUUGCGGCGCUGGGGAGCUUGGACGCAAACGGUGUGUUGCCGACGGGUACUUGAAUUCAUCAUCGAGAUCAUCGAGACGCGUACGGAGUACUGGCGAGCACAAACUACGAAUGUGGCGUAUGUGAAAAGCUACCUGUACAAGCUGUGCUCCAUCGCCAACGAUCUGCGGAUGCAUCACCGCAAGGCCUGCGGUGCUACUCAACAAUAUUGA